AUGCCGGCCUCAGCACACACCGGCUCCAGGAAUGCCUCUGUGCAGGACGGCAGCAAGACCCCACUGAGCUCCACGUUCCAGCAAACGGAGGGCGGGAGGACAGGCCCCUACAGAGCUGCGGCCUUUGACCUCAGUCCCUGCAGUGACCUGCCCAGCCUGGAUGCCGUUGGGGAUGUGUCCCAGGCCUUGCAGAUCCUGAACGCAUACCUGGUCAGGGUGGGUGCCAACUCCACCUGCCUGUGGGACCCUAACUUCCAGGGCCUCUGCAACCCGCCCCUGUCGGGGGCCACGGAGUACAGGUUCAAGUACGUCCUCGUCAACAUGUCCACGGGCUUGGUACAGGACCAGACCCUGUGGUCGGACCCCAUCCGCACCAAGUGGCUCACCCCGCACUCAGGGAUCGACACGUGGCCAGGCCGGCGGAGCGGAGGCAUGAUCGUCAUCACCUCCAUCCUGGGCUCCCUGCCCUUCUUCCUGCUCCUGGGCUUUGCUGGCGCCAUCGUCCUCAGCCUCCUGGACACGGGGAGUUCCGACGGGGAAACGACGCACGACUCCCAGAUCACUCAGGAGGCUGUCCCCAAGUCGCUGGGGACCUCGGAGCCCUCCUACACGUCGGUGAACCGGGGUCCGGCGCUGGACAGGGCCGAGGUGUAUUCCAGCAAGUUCCAGGACUGAGCUGAGCACCAGCCCCGGCCGCAGCCUCUUCCCCGCUGGCCUGUUCACGCCCCUAUGGACGGUGGACCCGGGUGUGCUGCCAGCUGCAGGAAAACUCCUAAUAAAAUCUUC